CACCAAAUGCCAAUUCAGACCCAUUUAACUUUCUUUAUUAGCAUUUACUUCUUCUGUUCUCCAUUGUUUUACUUUCCUCAUUAUUAAUUCUCCCAUUUUUCCUUUUUGCCUUCAAGAAAUUUCCAAGUUCUUCUUCAAAACCCUCACAUCCCACUCGAUCAAAAGAACUCAAAUCUUUAUCAUCCACCAUGGGAGGAGGAAAUGCCCAAAAAUCCAAGAUGGCUCGUGAGAAGAACUUGGAAAAGCAAAAAGCUGCCGCCAAAGGAAGCCAGCUUGAUUCUAACAAGAAGGCCAUGACCAUCCAGUGCAAGGUGUGCAUGCAAACAUUCAUCUGUACUACAACAGAAGUGAAAUGCCGGGAGCAUGCUGAGGCGAAGCAUCCUAAAUCCGACCUAUACACAUGUUUUCCUCACCUUAAAAAGUAGCACACUGGGGAAGUGGAGAUGGCUUGUAGCAUGCAUCUAUCUUGUCCCAUUGGUACUGUAUGAGUAACUUCUUAAAAUCUCUCUCACAAAAGCCCUAUAAGCUCUCACUUGGUGAUUUCGAUGAUGCAAUUGUCAUGUCGUGUUCUGUCUCGAUACUUGCUUGUUGCUUGAUUUUGAUAUGAUUAAUGUGGUAAAGCUGGUGGUGUUAUUUGUGGUGCUGUUUUUCCUUAACCUCUCUUUGCCACUUUGCCAAUGAUUCCAUGCUUAAACUUAAAUGCAUGUGACGUGUAUGCUUACAAAAAGAUUAUAAGGAAAACCAUUUCCUAAAA